CUCGCCUUACCUAGCUACCGACCAACUGUUGACUCGGCUUCAACUUCAUGAAUGCCGGGCGGCCGCUUUGCUUUGGCUAACUUGUUCAAAUGAGCGCCUCUCAAUGCGGCUGCAGUAAAACCAAUAGCAGUAGUAGUUUGUCAACUCGUUGACACCUGUAUCUAGGCUGACCAACUCACAGAGGAGCAGAUUGCUGAGUUCAAGGAGGCCUUCUCCCUGUUCGAUAAGGAUGGAGAUGGGACCAUCACCACAAAGGAGCUGGGCACUGUCAUGAGGUCGCUGGGUCAGAACCCGACAGAGGCCGAACUCCAGGACAUGAUCAACGAGGUGGAUGCUGAUGGCAACGGUACAAUUGACUUCCCCGAGUUCUUGACGAUGAUGGCCAGGAAGAUGAAGGACACUGACAGCGAAGAGGAGAUCAGGGAGGCUUUCAGGGUCUUUGACAAGGACGGCAACGGCUUCAUCAGUGCUGCUGAGCUGCGUCACGUGAUGACUAAUCUGGGCGAGAAGCUGACAGAUGAGGAAGUGGACGAGAUGAUCAGGGAAGCAGACGUCGACGGAGACGGACAGGUCAACUACGAAGAGUUUGUUAAAAUGAUGAUGUCCAAAUGAAGUGCGUCCAGAGAGAAACAGAAACAGUCAAAUGUUUGACGUAGAUUAUUCCUGCAAAAAAAAAAUCUACAUUUAAUCAUACAAUUUUGUAUUGACAACUUGAUAAUUAAUGUCGGGGAAACGUCCAAAGUGUACACAUUUAACAGACUCUUAAAACGAAACCAAUGCACUUACCGCCUUUGUACUCUUGAUUCCCAAUCACCGUUACUGUUGACAGUGGGAUGCCAGUGGCAGGAGGAGGAGGACGAGGGCCCAGCAGCCACAUGCACACGAGUUAUACUGGAGAAAUACAUUGGAAUGGAAAAAAUAAUUGACAUUUGACGGUUUCUGCCACGUCGGGAUAGCUGUUUACCUUUGGGGAGGGUUGCCGUGUCCUCACAUCAUGAGGGGUUUUCAGGUGUGUGAUUUUGGGUGUGACGUCAGCGCACGUCAGUCGCUGUGUUGCGGGGAAUGAAUUUUAAAUGAUCAUUGAAGCAUGCUGGGUACUUUAUAUUGGCUUUAAUGUUUUGUACGUAUCAUUGUAUGGAGUUGUUUGUUUCACAUUAAAGGGGACCGGGUUUAUGCUGUUUGGCAUUUCUAGUUUAAAGUAUAUAUGCGUGUGUUACGGUCAGGCCCGGCGCUGUCCAACUGUUCUGUUUAGUUCAGCUGAUCUGCAUUCCGAGUUGUACAUGCUAGUCUUCAAAUUGUUUUUCCAAUAAAAGACCAU